AUAGCAAAUCAUUGACCGCUUGGAUUUUCGCAUUUGCUCACCCCAUUGAGCUUGACUGCUUCUUGUGUGAAAUUCUCCGUUGAAAUUCUCCGCAUUUGCUCACACUUUUAGCUUUGUAGAAUCACUUAAAUGGAGUUUAUCAUUGAUUGGGCAUCUGGGUUUUGAUUCUGGUUUCAAUUUAUGGUCUGAAUCACCUGCUGUGUCAUUCAACCACAUUCAUAUCUGGUGUCAAUUUUUGGCAUACAGUCUCUGGCCGGUGGUGGCAGCCGAGCUGAUGACUCCAGGAAUGCUGCUGUCUGGUCUGGAUUUCGUAAAGUGCCUUGAUAGUGAUGUAGUGCUGAAAAUCUUGAGUUGUUUAGACGAUCCAGCUGAUCUAGUACGUGCCAGUUUAGUAUCUCACGCUUGGCGAGAUUUCGUUAUUGCAAAUGAUCUUUCUAAGCAGCUCUGCGUGAAAUGGUUUCCUCAACUGUCCAAUGUUGUAUAUGUCACCGACCCAACAUCCAAAUUCAGCAGUUCCAUAGAAGUGGAGAUUCGUUUGAGAGAUCAUAAGGUUUACGCUUAUUUACUUCAUGCUCUUACCAAACUAAAUCCUGCACCUAUAGAAUGCAUAAAGGAGGCUUUUAGUGCUUCUAGCACGGAUCGUUAUCCAGCCGAAAGCAUAGUGCAUACACUAGAUCCAGUUGUAAGGGGAGUUCCAUUCUGGUCUUACUGGUCAAGUAAAGGGCGAAAUGAUCCUUCUAUUCCUGAGACUCUGAUCUACAAGCUGAAAUCUAACUUUUGUGUUAUUUCUGAGAUAGGCGUAGAGCCAUUUGAAGCUUCUUACCAGACGGGUCGCCCGAUAUACUCUGCUCGAUCAGUAAAAUUUCGCAUGGGCCAUCCCAAAUCUAAAAUGGAGGUUAAAAGUUCUCUAAGCAUUCUAUUACAAGAGCCAGCGGAUGAUGAAUUCAUAUGGACGUACACUUCGCCGGAGUUUCCAAUGGCACAGGAAACCCGAAUGCAGCAUUUUAAGUUGCCAGAACCUGUUCUUUGCAUAGGUGGGUAUGUGCUGAUUGAGUUGCUGGGACGGGUUCAAACGCAAGCGUCAGAUGGCUUAUACUACAUAUGCAUUUCGCAUGUUAAAGUUCUGGGACGGCCCUUGUCUCCGGCAUUUGAUGUUGAGGUCAUUGAACCGUCAUCGUCAGGGAAGUUUGUCUUGCAGUACUUCCCUGAUGCUCUUCAGGAGAGGCGUCUUCAGUUUCAUGAAAUACAAUCACCUUUUUCCGAUGAGCAGUAUGGAUUCGAUUAAAAAACUAUGUAAAGUAUUAUUGCAAAAUGCCCUUCCUAAGUUAAUUCAUGCAUUUCAUUUUGUAAAAUAUAUAUUGGAGUUAUGUAAUAAUUCAGUUAAUACAUUUAAUUUAGUGUAUUGGUCUUCCAACUUCGGAGAUUUAAUUUAGUAGUACUUUUAUUAGAAACUUUACCACUCCGUAAUUUUUAAUAAUAUUACAUCAUCGUCCAAAAUUACUCUCUCUAUGAGAAUUUUUUGAGUCAUG